UGUUCCAUUUGGUACCAACAGAGCGGCAAGGUAAAUAUCGACUGGUGUUUCCGGCGUUCGACCAACCAAUAUCUUCGCUUUCGUUCGACACAGUUCUCUCCCGAGAUUAUAAAAAUUAUCGCGAAGUUUAUUAACUAUCGAUAGAGUGAAAGCGAAUUUGUCGAAGAAGUGUUCUUUGGUUGGACAGAGGUGGUAAAGUUUGAUGGUUGAAUUUGAUAUCGGUACCAGUGUUGUUUUGAUUGUGCAAUGGUUAGAACUGGAGAUAUCUUGAUCACUUGUCUCUCGGAUGCUGUGGAAGAUAAUUGCAUGGCUAAGCCGUCACAGAGACAUCAGGACUUAGGAGAGAAAGGAAAAGUCCGCGUUGAUACAGAACUGAAGAACAUGAACCAGAGCCAAGGACAGAGCUCAGGAGCACCAAGGAUGGCCUUACCAGACACAGUUUGCAAACCCAUACACUGCCACGAGGCCAGACAAAGAUACCACCCACCCAAUUUGGCAGACAGCCCAUGGCACAUAAAGAAGACAAUUUUUUUAGUUGGACUUAUAGUAUUAUUAAUCAUUUGGGCAAUAACGUACGCUCUAUUGAAGCAUUACGAUGUUAUUUGACAGUGAUUUUGUUAUGUGCUCUAGCUACAUGGGACAGUAUCAUUCUACAUGUGUGUUUGUUUUUGUUUUUGUAUAUACAAAUCUUCAGAAUACCGUCAUGUACAAUGUUUUUUACAUAUAUCGAGAUAUAUUUAAGUUUCAAAUAAAUAAAUGAUAAGAUA